UACUAACUUUUUCACACGUUUUUCUACUAACAUAUUUAUUGUUUUAUGUUGUAAGUUGUGUGUAUUGUGUACAUGGUUUAAACGUUUUAUUGUUGGUGUUUUCUAGUGGUUUGGGCGUGUGUGGUUUGUUUGUGUGUGUGUGUGUUUGUGACGCAGCUGCGGCAUGGAUUAUGCCCGGCUGAGCCGCAAACAUGGUUUUAAAAUUUCUCCGAUGACACCGUGCUCGGUGGAGGAGUGCAGCCUGGCUGUGGGGGCCUUAGUGGGGCACAGCAGCAUCAGAUCUGCGGCUCGGAUGAACGGCGGGGGUGGUGAUAUUUGUGGACACAGAGGAUAAAGCGAACAAGGUGGUGGAGACCGGGAUCGUUGUUAACGACACGUUCAUUUCCGUGUCUCCACUAACCACUCCUGCUACAAGGGUAACAGUCUCAAAUAUCCCGCCGUUCAUACGGGAUGACUUCCUGGUGAGAGAGCUGUCUAAGCACGGGAAGAUAGUGUCCUCCAUCAGGAAGCUGUCCUCGGGCUGCAGAUCUCCACUGCUAAAACAUGUUGUGUCUCACAGGAGAAGUGUCCUCAUGAUCCUCAAUAAGAGAGACGAGGAACUCAAUCUGGUGCUAAGUCUGAGAAUGGAUGAUUUUAAUUAUGUUUUGUUUGUAAACUCGGGGACUGCCAAGUGCUUCGGAUGCGGGGAGGAGGGGCAUUUGGCCAGAGCGUGUCCGGGGAAAAAUAAAAAACAGGGGGAGGAGGAAAAAAAUGAAAAACAGGGGGAGGAGGAAAAAAAUGAAAAACAGGAGAAAACUCCAGAAGAGACUCCUGAUGUAAUGACUGCAGCGGGAAACCCCACUGAGCGGCCCCCGGAGCAGGGUGAGGGUUCCUCAAAGCCCCCAAAGCGGGCUGAGAGUCCCUCAAAGCCCCCAAAGCAGGGUGAGGGUUCCUCAAAGCCCCCAGAGCGGGCUGAGAGUCCCUCAAAGCCCCCAAAGCAGGGUGAGGGUUCCUCAAAGCCCCCAAAGCAGGGUGAGGGUUCCUCAAAGCCCCCAACGCGGGCUGAGAGUCCCUCAAAGCCCCCGGAGCAGGUUGAGGAAAAUUUUGGGGAAAAAAAGAUUAAUGGGGAAAAUAAUAAAAAAAGCGACCUUUGUGUUGAUGUGGGACAAAAGGUCGUCCCUAAAAAAAGAGUGGAAACGGCAGAACUCUCUGCAUCUGCUGCAUUAAAAAAAAACAUGGAAGCUCAAGUUUCUACAAAAAAAAGAAAACAAAAAGAGAAAGAAAAUAGCUCUCAGGCCAAGAAAGUGGCAGUGAGUGAGGAGGGGGAGAAAGAGGAGGAAAUGGUGGUGGAGGAAGAGGAGGUGAAGGAGGCAGAGGAGGAGGAAAGUGAGGAAGAUUUGAUGGAGGAUGAAGAGGAUGAGGAUGAAGAGGACUGUGCUGAGGCCAGUCAGCCUCUCACCGACUCACAAUUGGAAAGUCCAUUUUUUAAAGUGGAGCAAAUUAAAGAAUUUCUUAGAAAAACUAAAAACAAGAGACGAGUAAAAAUAGAAGAGUUUUUUUACAGACAAGAGCUUGUUUGUACAGUCUGUAAAAGCUCAGAUGCAUCUCUUCACUGAAAGGGAAUGUUUUCGUUUGA